AUGGGGAUUUCAGGUUUGAAAUCACCUGCCUACGAUAGUAGGAGAUUUGCCUUCUGGGCGUUUGUUGGAAUUGGAGUUGAGGGUGAUGUUGAGAAGUUGCUUGAGGAUUAUGAGUUAAGUGUUGGGAAUGCUGUGGAUUUGAGAGGGAUUGCUGCGAAUGCGUAUGAGUCGAGGAAUUUGAGGAAUGCUGGGUUGAAAGAACUUUGUAGUGUUGUGCUUGGGAAAGAGAUUGUGAAGCCUAGAAGUGUUACUAUGGGGAGAUGGGAUUGUGAGUGGUUGAGUUUGGGACAAAUUCAGUAUGGUUGUCUUGAUGCUUUUGUUUCUUUUGAGAUUGGUAGGAGCUUGAAUGUUGCUGCUGCUUCUGGGUAG